AUGCUCCUUAUGGAUACGAGAAUUUUUGCAUGGAAUUGUAGGGGAGCGGGAAGCAAACGCUUUCUGCGUGUUUACAAGGAGUAUAGACGUCAGUUUCGUCCCACGAUUACAAUUAUUGUAGAGCCUAAGAUCAGCGGCGAUACAGCCAAAAAAGUAAUACAGGAGAUGGGGUUUGUCGAGUCGUUGAUAGUGGAUGCAUCGGGUUUCGCCGGGGGCAUCUGGAUUCUAUGGGACCCGGCGCUGAUUACGAUCACGGAAGAGAAACGGACGAAUCAACUUUUGCAUGUUAACGUUAAGGUGGGAAUGGAGAGUUGGUUCCUUACAGCCAUAUACGGCAACCCAGCACUUAUUCAGCGUCGAGAGCUCUGGAAUGCGCUGCGGGAUAUUGCGGAAGAUAUGACGGAGCCGUGGGCCCUCGUGGGGGACUUUAACUCAAUUUUACACCCCUCGGAAAAAUUAGGAGGAGCACCAUAUGAUGCUCGCAGAGCAGGAGACUUCCAGAACUGUUUGAUGGACACGGGAUUGACUGACAUCGGUUUCGUGGGGCCAGCCUUUACGAGGUUUAGAAAUGGAAUGCAGGAGAGAUUGGAUCGAUGUCUAGCCAACCAUGCAUGGGUGACUAGGUUUCCAAAUGCCACAAACUGCCACCUUCCACGGGUGAAAUCUGAUCACAGACCCUUACUUCUGAAGCUGAAUCCCAUGUUCCAACCGGCGGGUACAAAGCCGUUCAAGUUUCUCGCUGCUUGGUUGAUGCACGAAGGCUUUAAGGAAAUGGCAGCGGAAGCGUGGGCCAAAGGCACCGACCUGCUAAGCUCAAUUGAAGCUUUCCAUCGUGAAGCCAAAGAGUGGAAUUAUGUGGUUUUUGGCCAUAUCCUACGACGUAAAGAGAAGCUCCUGGGACGGAUCGAGCGUUUGGAAAAGAGGCAGCGGGGUAAUGAUGAACCAGCCCAGCUACAAAAUCUUAGGGAAGAACUAGAGGAAGUUUUGGUGCAAGAGGAGAUCUUGUGGUGCCAAAAAGCCAGACUAGAAUGGAUGGCAUCAGGGGAUCGUAAUACUAAAUACUUUCAUGCCAAAACUUUAAGCCACCGUUGCAGGAAUAGAAUUUCGGCGCUGAAGGAUGCUAUGGGAAAUUGGAUUGAUGAUUAA